ACCGGUGAAUUCCUUAAAUAGUAUAAAAAGCUCUAUGAUGUUAUGUUGGUUCAUCAGUCAAAGUUGGUUUACCGAUCGAUAACUGCACAAUAUACAAAAUGUUCAAAGUCUUGAUGAUCUGCGCUAUUGUCGGCCUGGCCGCAGCCUUCCCAGAUGCCACCCUUGAUGAAGUUAAGAUUCGUAGUGAGGAUGUGCGUCCAGAUGGAUUUGAGUCCAAGCUGGAGAUCUCCAAUGGCGUCAGUGAGCAGCGUUCGGGUGAUGAACACGGCAACAUCAAGGGUAGCUUCAGCUAUGUCGCUCCCGGUGGCGAGCACAUCCUGAUCAACUAUGUGGCUGAUGAGAAUGGUUACCAUCCAUCUGGCGAAAUUCUGCCAACUCCCCCACCAAUUCCAGUUGAGAUCCAAAGGGCUCUUGAGUGGAUCGCUGCCCACCCUCAUGUUGAGAAGGACGAGAGCGAUGAAGAUGAUGACGAAUAAGCUUAGUUAGAACACCAACCGUCACAUUCUAUCGUACUUUGGACUAUUGAGGAUAGAUAAAUAUUUAAGUUUUGCAUCCUUGAAUCCUGAUUUUACACGGAUAUAAAAAUACAUACAGUCAAUUGCUAAUUGCAAAAUUUUGAGAGAAAUUUUUUU